GCGUCGCUAUGGAGACGGCCUCCGCUUCAGCGCAGCGGGGACCACGAUGGCGGCCGGGGAGCCGGGGGAUCUGGGCGGCUACUACUUCAGAUACCUGCCUCAGAAAACCUUCCAGUCUCUGAGCACCCCGGAGACCACCAGCCGGCUCCGCCAGUGGUCCAUGCUGGGCAGGAUCAAGGCGCAGGCCUUCGGGUUUGACCAGACGUUUCAGGCCUAUCGGAAGGAUGAUUUCGUCAUGGCUUUCUUCAAAGACCCAAAUGUUAUUCCCAAUCUGAAGUUACUUUCAGAGUCUUCCGGACAGUGGAUUACAUUAGGAACUGAAGUGAAAAAAAUUGAAGCUAUAAACGUUCCUUGCACACAGCUUUCAAUGUCAUUUUUUGAUCGGUUAUAUGAUGAAGAUAUUGUACGAGACAAUGGACAUAUUGUUAAAUGUUUAGAUUCUUUUUGUGAUCCCUUCCUUAUUUCUGAUGAGUUACGAAAAGUUUUGCUAGCAGAAGACUCAGAAAAAUAUGAAGUAUUCAGCCAGCCAGAUAGAGAAGAGUUCUUGUUCUGUCUUUUCAAACAUCUUUGCCUCGGUGGAGCCCUUUGUCAAUACGAAGAUGUGCUUGAUCCAUAUCUGGAAACAACAAAGCUUAUCUAUAAGGAUCUAGUGAGUGUUCGGAAGGAUCCUCAAACCAAGAAAAUACAAAUUAUCUCUUCCGUCUUUAAAGUUACAGCAUAUGACUCUGCGGGUGUGUGCUACCCGUCAGCUAAGAGUCACGAGCAGACGUUCUCUUACUUCGUCGUGGACCGUGUCAAGCGUCAUGUUCACGUUUUCUACCACUGUUACGGUGUGGGGGAGAUGUCUUAGUGUUUUUUCAGAGUACUAUACUUACUAUGUUUUAUUUACCAGGGUUUUUAUUUUAAUACAGAUUUCUAGAUAAACAUUUACUCUGCAAGUUAAUUCAAGUAAAAUGUAAAGAACCUGCUUAGAGCAGAAGAAAACAGAUACCAAGAUGCCUCUCUGUAAAUUUGGGCUACUAACGUAGGAACCAAAUUUCAUCCCUGACAAAAUCUGUACCAAUACAGUUGUGGAAUUUUUACAGAAAGUUACAAGAAGUGAAAAUCUAGUUCAUCUUUGUUGCAUUUAGAGUCAAGUGAGUCCUCAAUUUUCCAGGUAUUUUAUGUUAGAAGCGAAUUAAUUCUAGGUUGAAACGGUGGCAGAAAACUAAACUUCUCUAACCACUGGUCAUCAAUAUGAGUUGUUAGUUUUUAAAAAUCGUGUUUCAUGUAAUUACAUUUCUUCAUUACAUAAAGAUUUACAUCUCUGGGGCUGUGGAAAGCAUGGCAGUUCCUCUGCUUCCUUUGCCUCACUUAAAACACUCAAUAAAAAAUAAUGUUCUGAACAUAA